ACCGGGGCUCACUCGUCCCGCACACAGUCGAGUCGGUGUGGAACGGACGGAAGCUGCAUUCAUGAGCUCGGAUCUUUUGACGGAGUUUCGGCCACAAUGGGAGACGGAUCACCGUCAGUAGACUACAGCAAUGUCUCGAAACGCGGGGCAGUGGACCACAGCGCUCCGGGCGUCGGCAUCUCCGAACAGUGGAUGAUAGGGAUGGGGAUACUAAUGGGAAUGAUUGUGCUGAUCAUUGUAAUUGGAAAUAUUCUGGUGAUUGUCGCUAUAGCCAAGAACCAGAGGCUACAGACUCUGACCAAUGUGUUCAUCGUCUCACUUGCGUGUGCGGAUCUGAUCAUGGGGGUGAUGGUGGUCCCCUUCGGUGCGGUUCUGGUGAUCACAGACGCCUGGCUGUAUGGGUCUUUCUUUUGUGAGUUUUGGAUUUCUCUGGACGUUCUGUGCGUUACCGCCAGCAUCGAGACGCUCUGCGUGAUUGCCAUUGACAGGUACAUCGCCAUUACCUCCCCAUUCCGCUACCAAAGUUUGCUCACGAAAGCGCGGGCAAAGGCCAUAGUUUGUGUGGUGUGGGCUAUCUCAGCGCUUGUCUCGUUUCUCCCCAUCUUGAUGCACUGGUCUAGGGACUACGAAGAGACCUCCUGCUAUGACAACCCAGAGUGCUGUGACUUUGUUACCAACCAGGCAUAUGCUAUAACCUCCUCUGUAAUAUCUUUUUACAUUCCUUUGGUGGUGAUGAUAUUUGUGUAUGCCAGAGUGUACCGGGAAGCGAAAAAACAACUGAGGAAGAUCGAUAAAUGCGAGGGACGGUUUCACAGUGGCCAUGGAGUUCCAAACGGAAAAACAAGUCGGAAAAAAACGUCUAAAAUUUUAGCUUUGAAAGAGCAGAAGGCGCUGAAAACGCUCGGCAUCAUCAUGGGAACCUUCACUCUCUGUUGGCUGCCUUUCUUCAUUGUCAACGUGCUGCGCGUGUUUUGCACUGAAGUGGUGGACAAGGACCUCUUCGUCUUUUUAAACUGGUUGGGCUAUGCUAAUUCCGCUUUCAACCCCAUAAUUUACUGCAGAAGUCCCGACUUCAGAAAGGCUUUCAAAAGGCUGCUCUGCUGCCCGCGACAGGCUGACCGAAGACUGCACGCGAGCUCCUGCGACCUCUCGCGCUGCUCCGGGGGUUUCAUUAACUCUAUGGACCUUAACAUGAUCGGCACCUGGUCUGAGUGCAACGGACUGGAGAGCAGCGACUGCAGUCUGGAGAGGAAUGGAAAACGGAGCCCCUCUGAAUCGCAGCUGUAGCAACCGUAGCAACAACGUAUACAAAUAUACGUUGUACCGAUUUGUAAUAGAAAAAAAGUUUAAAAGUGGAAUUUCGCGAAAAUGAUACACGUUUAGAUCGUCAAAAUUUCCAUAGUAUAUUAUCACGGCCACUUAAGAAUAGGGUGGCUUAGAGAAAUCGCCGACGCAUCGGACAUAGCAUGCUACCGAAACGGAAAGAUUUUGUUUAUGCCUGAAGAGACUGGGACUAAAUAAAAUAAGGGUUCAUGGGAUGUGCGGUUUGCGAAAAAUAUGUAGCCAAUGAAACCAUGCAUCUGAGAGCGCUCUGUUCGGACAACGGUCGACAUCAGGGCACUGCUACAAAGAACAUUAUAAUUAUAAUGAGGUCACUAUACGCAAUGGGUCGAAUGAUGAAUGUUUAACCUUAUGGCUACAUAAUGUGCAUAUUGCACAGAUAUACAUGGUUUAUAUUAAACAUGCUAAACUGUGCCCUAUAAUGUUUUUGGCACUUAGGGUAUGACGCUCGAAGACGAUAUGUAUCCUAUUCAUCUUGAUAAAAGAAAUGUAUAUUAUUUAUUAAACAGGCACUGUGAGAUGCGCAUUCCAUUAUUAUAAGCUUUGUUUUGUUCAUUAUAAACCUAAGUGAAGCUUGCCAUUCUCUGUUUCGAAGCAAGAGGAAAUGGACGCCCCCUGCAUCCCAAUUAAAAAUUGGUUUAGAUAUUUCAACAUUCGCUUGUGGAAGGUGGUCGCUAUCUAUUAUAUUGGCUAUGUGAGCUGUUAAAAUAUAUGCUAUAGGCUAUAUGUUUAGGACCCCUUCAUGUUUAAUUUAAUGUGAAAGAGGAGGCGCAACACUAGUUCAGUGAUUGCGAAUUUCUUGUAUGGUUUAGUGAAAAUGAAUGUAUAGGCUAUGUGACCACUGUCUCUUUCUCUCUCUCUUUCUCUCUCUCUAUUCCACCUGCUGCUUUGUCUGUGUGUUUUAUGACUCACUUGAAAUAUUAUAUAGCGGCUGUCCAGCUGAUCAAUGUGCAAUAAAGUGU